AGUAGUUUCAAAAAAAAACAUCCGACUUGGCGGUGAAUUGGGUGAAUAUCUGGCAUCUGAUGUGAAACCCAUUACAUUUUUGGGGAUAGGCGUUGAUUGCCAGCAUGUCGGAGGGUCAGCGCCUCGCCCUUGCCACUCGAGGUUUUGUUCUGUGCAUGGCGGUAGGUCCCUUUCGGAUCAAGGCCGCCGGGGCCGGCGGGGCCCUGCGACCCGACUGAAUUUGAGCACCCUUUUGACCUUGGCAGCGCUGGGCCUUUGCACCCUACUGCUGGGCGAUGGGAUGACGAUCCGGAGUAUGUGAGCGAGUAUUUCAGGUUGACUGAUGAUCUGAUGGAGUGCAAAGUUUCCUUUGCUGUGCCGGGGCCUGCCGGGUACUUCUUCACUGGUGCCAUCUUUCAGUGGAAAGGCAAGGAGCCCUUUGCAGGCGAUCAGAUGCAGACGCUCUUGGAGAACGGCUACUUCUUGAUCGGCCCCUUCACUUCUUUGGGCCCUUUGAGAAACACCCCAGAGGCCGCCACCGGCCUGCUGUGUGGCGCCAUCGUGGGCCUGGUCUCGGUGGGUGGCUUGAUCUUUGGCAGCACCAUCAAGCCCACGCGCUUCGACAAGGAAGGAGAUAAGCCCGCGGCCAGCUUGGGCGGAGCUGUUUUUGCCCCUGCCUUGAUCACCAUCUUCGGAUCCUGAGUGCAUGCGCUUUCUGAAUUGGGCCGGAACUGGGUGCUUGGAAUGGAACUGCAGCUGCUGUAGACUGAGAAUGCUGCAGGAAUCCUC